UGGUAGGGAUAGCGAGGGGAGUACAUGAUUAUGUUAUUCAUUAUGUUUACAUCAACAAAAGAAUAUUUAGGUCGUCACGAAAAGUAAAAGGAAAAAACCAAUUUAUCCCCAACUCCAUCUUCUUCUUUUUUUUUUCUGAAUCAAGCAUUUCUGAAAGUAAGUGUGAGGGCCACAGAGGAUUGGAGCCGCUGAAACUGCAAAGAAGCUAGCUUGGAUUUGAUUUUCUGCCCAGAAUCCAGAAGGCCAACAAUCCAUUUACCUGCUAUUUCUGAUAUUCAUCAGAAGGGUUUGAUUUUCAAAUUGGUAUUUGAUUUCUGUAGCGGAGUUGCCGAUGCCCAUUUCAGGUUGAUAACCAAAAGGAGCCAUUUUUUUUUCUGGAUAUACUGAAAAUAUGGAGUCUUUGCACCGAUGUAUUAUUCCUGGAUUGUCUGAUGAUUUGGCGUUGAGAUGCUUGGCAAAGUUGUCUCAUGGGUACCAUGGAUUGCUUGAAACUGUCUCAAAGACGUGGAGAGAUUUAUUACGCAGCUCGGACUAUGCCAACUAUAAAGCUAGAAAAGGAUGGUGCGGUGACUGGCUGUUUGUUCUUACAGAAGGAUCUUACAAUGAGUGGGUUGCUUAUGAUCCUGAAGCUGAUAGGUGGCAUCCUUUGCCAAAGAUUCCCACCGCUCAUGGUGACUGGAAACACUUUGGAUUUUCAGGUAUUGCUGUCUGCAACCGAUUUUUCGUUAUUGGAGGGUCCUAUGCGCAGAAUGAUCCACCGGUUCCCCACCAAAAGUCUUUGGUAACAAAUGAGGUGAUGCAGUUUGAUCCGUUUAAGAAACAAUGGACCAGUGUGGCAAGCAUGCUUACACCGCGUACUCAUUUUGCAUGUAGUGUUGUUUCUGGUAAAAUUUACGUUGUUGGGGGCCGCAACGUAUCUUGCACCCGAGGGCUUGCUCUUGCCGAGGUUUAUGAUCCUGUGGCUAAUAAAUGGGAGGAGUUGCCACCCAUGCUCAAUCCUCAGAUGGACUGCUUAGGCUUGUCAUGCAAAGGCAGAUUUCAUGUUCUCAGUGAUCAAGUAGGCCUGCCAGACCAAAAUACCUCCGAGGUUUUUACUCCAUCCGAUGGAACAUGGCGCACUGUGGAAGACAUCUGGCCUUUUUCUAGGGCAAUGCAAUUUGCAGCUCAGGUGAUCGGAGAUAAUCGAAUAUAUACUGUUGUAGACUGGGGCGAGAGCUUGAUUAAAACAAGGGAUACUGAAAAGGGAGAGUGGUACACCGUAGGCUCAGUUCCGUCGGUGAUUUUUCAUGAUCACCCUCGGCCGCUGGAGGCUUUUGGCUACGGUUUUGCUGCCUUAAGGCACGAACUAUAUGUACUGGGAGGGAAGGCUCUCAAGUGGGAACAAUCUGGUGCCGGGAGGUUUGACAUUGUGAAGUUGGGUUUGGUGAGGGUUUGCAAUCCAUCGGCUAAGCCAUUAAAAUGGAGGGAAACUAGACCGAUGAUUGGGUCAGCUCGUGGCACCGUUAUAGGGUGUGCAUCCAUGGAAGAAGAAUCUUCAUUUUUAACACGGUGAAGUUGUAUCCCGACGAUAAAAUGGAGCGAUUUCAGCUGACUGACUGACGGAUUGACAAGAAAAGAAAAGCCUUGCCGGAAGAAUGUUUUCAAAUUUGUCAAGGGAACAUGCUUUGGCUUUGAUUCUGUAUUGAGUUAUUCGCUCAAUAACUCUAUUGAGUUACAAACCGUGUGCAGUACUAUUGUGUUUUGAAACCUUAUAAUUUAAUUAAAAUCAGAAUUUUUUUUUUGUUAAAAAA